UACCCUCAUUUCACCCUUAGUGCUCGAACUGGCGAGACAGCAGUUCACAAAGCUUUCCAUCAAAUGUUUUGAGGCGACAGGUCACAAUGAAGAUCCUGGUUUUCCUGGCUUUCCUGGUAUUAGUGGGCCCACAUGGCGCAGCCGCAGCGACUCACUCUCUGAAGUAUUUCUACACUGCGUCUUCUGGAGUCCCAAACUUCCCAGAGUUUGUGAUUGUUGGGUUGGUUGAUGAAGUUCAGAUGUUUCACUAUGACAGUAACACCAGGAGAGCAGAACCCAAACAGGACUGGAUGAGCAGAGUCACAGCAGGUGAUCCUCAGUACUGGGAGAGGGAGACUCAGAGCUCUCAGGGUGCACAGCAGGUCUUCAAAGCCAACAUUGAAAUUGCAAAGCAGCGCUUCAACCAAACUGGAGGUGCACACAUUAACCAGAGGAUGUACGGCUGUGAGUGGGACGAUGAGACUGGAGAGCUUAAUGGGUUUAAUCAGUAUGGUUAUGAUGGAGAAGACUUCAUAGCAUUUGACCUGAAGACAGAGACAUGGAUCGCUCCAACACCACAGGCUGUCAUCACCAAACACAAAUGGGAUAAUAACAGAGCUUUGACAACACAGAGAAAAAACUACCUGACCCAGAUUUGUCCUGACUGGCUGAAGAGGUAUUUGGCCUAUGGGAGGAGCUCUCUGCUGAGAAAAGAGCUUCCCUCAGUGUCUCUCCUCCAGAAGACUCCCUCCUCUCCAGUCAGCUGCCACGCUACAGGUUUCUACCCUGACAGAGCCCUGAUGUUCUGGAGGAAAGAUGGAGAGGAGCUUCAUGAGGACGUGGACCUCGGAGAGAUCCUCCCCAACAACGAUGGAUCCUUCCAGAUGAGUGUUGACCUGAAUCCUCCAACUGAAGACUGGGAGAAGUACGAAUGUGUGUUUCAGCUCUCUGGUGUGAAGAACGACAUCAUCACCAAACUGGACAAAGUGAAGAUCAGAACCAAUGAAGACAUGAAGACCUCAUCUGACACUACAGGACCAG